AUGGACCUUCCGCUGUACCGGAAGGCUCUCAAUCUCAAUUUCUAUCGGAGAAACAAAAAACGACUUCUCUUAAUUGCCGUUUUAGGAGCUUCCGGUUACGGUGCUUACAAAGCCUAUCAUUUGCCCUAUGUUGUUCGGAAGAGGAACCGUCUCAUGAAGCUCAUUAGAGCCUUCGUUUCUCUCGCCGAGCUCGUUUCGAAUUCCGCAGAAACUGUUUCAAUUGUUUCUAACGAUUUGAACCGUUUUCUGACAUCCGAAUCCGAUGAAAUUCCGAAUAGUUUGAAGCAAUUAUCGAAAAUUGCCACGUCGGACGAGUUUUCGAUAAUGGUUUCUAGGGUUUCGCAGUCUUUGACGCAGGGGAUUUUGGUUGGGUAUAGUAAUUGUAAUAAAGCAUCGGAAAUUGGUGUGGAUGAUUCGAGUUUUUCUGAUAGGGUAAUGGAGAGGCUUUUCUCUAAGGCUGGAACUGGUUUUGUUUCGGUUGUGGUUGGGAGUUUUGCUAAGAAUUUGGUUUUGGGUUUUCACUCUAGUGAGAGUGUUGACGGGAGAGUUGAUUCGGGUUCCAGGUCUCGACCGGAUGCUGUUCCGGGAUGGGUGAGUGUGCUUUGUGAUGAAAAGUGUGGGAAGCUGAUAGGGGAUUGUGUGCAGACUUUUGUGAGUACUGCUGUUGCUGUUUUUCUUGAUAAAACAAUGGAUGUUAAUACCUAUGAUGAAGUGUUUGCUGGUUUGACUAACCCGAAACACCAUGAGAAGGUGAAGGGGGUUUUGGUUUCUUUGUGUAAUGGUGCUGUUGAGACUCUUGUUAGAACAUCUCAUCAGGUUUUGACGAACCCAAGUGUUAAAUCCAAUUCCAGUUUGCCAAUUGAAAAUGGGUGUUUGAAAACGGAGGCCUAUGUUCAGGAAAUCAGAAUUGGAAGCUCGGUUAGUGGAGUUGGGGAUUCUGGCUGGCUUGAACAGAUAAAAUCAACUAUGUCUGUGCCAGCUAACCAGAGGUUUGUGCUUGAUGUCACGGGAAGAGUGACAUUCGAAACAGCAAGGUCAUUUGUGGAGUUCUUGUUAUGGAGAAUAUCAGAUGGUUUCAAAAGGAGUGUUAAUAAGGUUCACGAUGAGGUUUUAGAUAAAGGAAUGCAGGUCGUUAGAUAUGUAGGAGCUAAAUCGUCGGUUAUUCUAACCUUAUGUCUUGCUUUAUAUCUACAUAUUUUGGGUGGUAGUUGGGUUCUAUUACAUGCUUAG